CACACAGUCGAAGGCUCCUCGCUGACACGUCCGUUCCCCCCGUUAAUGUAGUUGCGAGAAACUGCGUUAAUGGUAUGGGAAAUGUAAUUUUCUUUCGGCUGACUCAGAACUAAAUUAAGUAACUUAAUAAGUAAUUAAGUAAAAAAAAGAAGGAACCUUAGUCUUUUUUAUUUUCAAGUAACCUACAAAGAAAAAGAAGAAAAAUGCUCCCACUGGUGAAGCGGGGCUGUCUCAUCCUCCCUCAAAAUGGAGUCGUGGACGGACGGAUCCACGCCACGCACAUACUGGGCUGCCCGCAGCUGCUGCAGUCGCACGGCGGCAGCGUGGCCUCCGGCGACCCGCCCAAGAGGCCGAAGAGCCUGGGAGUGAGCUCCAUCAGUGGAUAUACGGAACCCAAGUACCUGCGGAGCGACGACAGCGAGGGGGACUCGCUGCCCUGCUCCCCGGAGCUGCAGAGCCCCUCCGGGCAGAGCCCCGCCGGCCACGCGGUGGACGAGCUGCUGGAGGAGGAGACCCGGCAGCUGGUUAGGACUUUCCUCAGAGACUUUGUGGGACUUUCCUUAAAUAAGUGCAGUGAAAGCAAAGCCCUGGCCACCAUGAAUAGAGUGGUGGAGGACGUUCUGGCCAAGCACAGAUACGCGUACAAUGGUAUGAUCAAGAAGCUAUCGUUGGACGAUAAGGACGAUAUGGUGUUUGUUAGCGAUGUAGCCAAGAGCCUGUUUGCAGACGGGACCACCAACUGGGGUCGCAUCGCCAGCCUGGUGGCCUUCGGGGCAGCGGUGUCUCAGUACCUGAAGGAGAAGGGCAGGUUGAACUGCGUGGACUUGGUGGCGCAGGAGAUUUCCACAUACUUGCUCACACACCAAGGAGACUGGCUGGUCAAAAACAACUCAUGGGAGGGUUUUGUGGAGUUCUUUCGAGUAGCAGACCCAGAGUCGACAGUCAGGAAAUCACUCAUGGCCUUCAUUGGAGUUGCUGGUAUUGGGGCGACACUGGCCCUGUUGAGCAGGUGAAUUUGUUGGACUUGGACUUACUUAUGGAUACUUUCACCAACAUUUUCUCCUUAUGUAUAGAAGAUGGAACUUCUGAAAUGAUCACACCAGUAGUUUUUGAUCCCUUUUUGUUCUUUUUUUGAGUGAAUGUUUUUUUUUUAAAUAACUGAAAAACUUUGUUUUUUUUUUUCUUUACAAAAAAAGUAAAAUUUGGACUUUAUUUAAUUCAAAUAAAUUUAUUUUUCUAAUAAAUUUAAAAUGUUUCUAUGAUUACUCAAAUGGUUAUGGGAAUCAGUUGAGCUGAUUUUGUUAAAUCUUACCCUGACUGGCUUUUUACUUGUUUAUAGAUGUAUAUCAAAAUUAUCUGGUAUUGGUUUGUUUUUAACCCCCAGGCCAAAGCAGCAAAGAGCUGUAGCUUUUUCAAUACGUACACAGACACGAAGCCCAUUUUCAUGCAGCCUGUUCAUAGCCAUGGACUCUGGACAAUCAAGUGGAGGGAGGAUUUGCAUGAGUGUAAUACUUCCUUGUUAUGAUACGGAUCUGUGCAAGUUUAACCAUGAGCUGGACUUUUCUGACUAAAAGAUUCCAGGACGGCUGGAGUCUGUCAAACAAAAAAAGCAUUGAAACAAGGCUAUUUAGUCCUUUUUUUUGGAAGGACCAUCCUCAAGAAAACAGACCAAAUUGAUACCAGUCAGUUUCAACAAUGUGGCCAGAUACAGGUGUUAGAUCAAAGAUGUCUACAGAAUAAAGAUAUGUUGAAAUCUUA